UUUGGCUCUCGUCUGGGCGCGCGGGGUUGCCCCACCGCGCCCGGCGCUCCCGCGCCCAUGGCGCCCGGGGCGGCGCCGCGGCGGGGCAGGCGCGCGCUGGCGGUGGCAGGCGCGCUGCUCCUCCUGCCGGCGCGGCCGGGGGCCGACGCGCCCGCGGAGCCUACGCUGGCGGGCAUGCUGGAGAAGAUCAGCUCAGGCAAAGCGGACAACAACUUCUUCCACGGCAUGGUCGUCAUGGGCACGCUGAAGGACGAGAAGGAGGCGGCGGCGGGGUGCAUCCUCGACAAGAUAGGCGCGAUCGUCAAGGAGAACGGAGUGAGGGAGUUCGCGAACGAUCUGCAGGUUGAUCUUGCGGCGUGCUGCACAAAGGACACGGAUGACUGCGUGCCGGACGUCACGGAGGCGUAUGGUGUCCUGACCCAGGUCCGGCUCGGGCAGGCGAGCGCGGAGAGCGUCGAGGCGCAGGUGGCCGCCCUUCUCAUCAGGGCUGCUGGUAAGCGGAUCAGCCUCUCCCGAGUCAAGCUGCCUCACGCGAGAUAUCCAAGGUAG